GCAGAUUUCACUUGACUGCAGUCAGAUUUCUGGGCUCUUUUCAUGACAUGACACAGUGCAGAGCGGGAUUCAAGUGGUCGCUUCUAAUGCCACUGGAACUCCUCCGUCCAGGACUGUUUCUCUGCGCUUUGAGUUUGGAUACAUGAAAUAUGCGAUGUUCGCAGGAAAGCCCGGUUUUCUUUGUGCUACACUUUGUUUUCACUCUGGCAGCCGGCCACGAAGAGCUCACAGACUCCGGUAGACUCCUCUCGCUUUUUGCAGAGCAAGGUCAGCCGUCCCUGUCAGAGUCAGACCUGUCCAUAGUCCACCCAGUUAAAUCCACUCCUAAUGGAGCCUUCAUCUCCCACUCUCUAUCUCACCACUUCAGUGGUGGGCGAGUCAAGCGUGACCUGGGACCCCUGGCUUCGGAGGAACAGGUUUACUACCAGGUCAACUACAAGGGUCAUGCUUUACUGUUCAAUUUAACUGCAAACAAUCACCUGGUUUCAAGUGACUACAUCCUGGAGAGGAGGAACGGCAGCGCCAACAAGACUGAGCAGCAUCGCAAGCAAGAGGGGAACUCCUGCCACCUCCUUGGCACUGUGGAGGCGCCUGGUGUGCGAGGAACAGCUGCCAUCAGCACCUGCAAAGGCCUGAGAGGCUUCUUCUCCCUACCAGAGGGACAUUUUUUUAUUGAACCAGUCCAUAACUCUCCAGCUAAGCCUACAGGAACACCAGAGCCUCAUGUUAUCUAUCCAAGAGUAUCAGAAAGUCAAAGAAAGAAACGCAGUCUUCAGUCCAAAAAACCUCCCAGCCCCUGUGGAGUUCAAGAUGCUCCAAGUGACUCUGUGCAGGUGGAAAGGGAGAGGGAGGAGUGGGAGAGGGAGCAGCGGAAGGGGGGGUCCCGCUCUCAGCGCUCAGUGAGCAGAGAGCGCUGGGUGGAGACUAUGGUGGUGGCAGACUCUAAGCUCAUAGAAUACCAUGGCAGUGAUAAUGUUGAGUCCUACAUCUUCACCAUCAUGAAUAUGGUGGCUGGGAUCUUUCAUGAUGCUAGUAUUGGGAAUGCAAUCCACGUCAUCUUGGUUCGACUCAUUCUGCUGCAGGGAGACGAGAAAGGGUUAAAGAUAGUUCAUCACGCAGACUCCACUCUGUCCAGUUUCUGUGCCUGGCAGAAAAACCUGAACCCGCAGAGCGACACACAUCCAGCUCAUCAUGAUGUGGCUGUGCUGAUCACCAGGAAGGACAUCUGUGCUGGCAGUAACCAGCCCUGUGAGACUCUGGGUCUGUCUCAUCUGUCUGGGAUGUGUCAGCCACACCGCAGCUGCAACAUCAACGAGGACUCAGGGCUACCUGUCGCCUUCACUGUCGCUCAUGAAAUGGGCCACAGCUUUGGUAUACAUCAUGAUGGUCAGGGGAACGACUGUGAGCUGGAAGGAAAGCAUCCAUUCAUCAUGUCCAGACAGCUGAUGUACGACAGCUCGCCUCUCACCUGGUCGUCCUGCUCCAAAGAAUACAUCACCCGCUUCCUCGAUCGAGGCUGGGGUUUCUGUCUUGAUGACCGUCCUUCAAAGAGGGACCUAACCACGCCACUGGCUCGCCUCGGAGUCCGCUACACCACACACCACCAGUGCCAGCUCCAGUACGGCCCCAAUGCCACUUUUUGCCAUGAGGUUGAUAAUGUUUGCCAGAUCCUCUGGUGCUCAGUGAAUGGCUCAUGUCGCUCCAAACUGGACUCCCCCAUAGAUGGUACUCGCUGUGGGCCAGAGAAGUGGUGUAUCAGUGGGGAGUGUGUGAUUGUGGGUAAACUACCAGAGACGGUGAAUGGAGGCUGGGGACAGUGGAGCACUUGGUCCUUCUGCUCCAGGACAUGUGGGACUGGAGUGCAGUCAGCAGAGAGGGAAUGUAACAGCCCAAAACCAGAAUUUGGAGGAAAGUACUGCACUGGUGAAAGAAAGCGUUAUCGGACCUGUAACACUAAGCCCUGUCAGAAGAACACGCCAUCCUUUAGAGAGAUGCUGUGCAGUGAGUUUGACACUGUGGCGUACCAAAAUGAGUUCUACAAGUGGACUCCUGUGUCUAACCCAUUACACCCCUGUGAGCUGCACUGUCGACCAGUCAAUGAGUACUUCUCAGAGAAGAUGCUGGACACUGUGACAGAUGGGACACCAUGCUUCAUGAACAACAAGUCCAGAAACAUCUGCGUCAAUGGAGUGUGCAAGGAGGUUGGCUGUGAUUAUGGCAUCGACUCAAACGCAGUGGAGGACCGUUGUGGAGUCUGUUUGGGUGACGGCACAAGCUGUGAGACGGUCCAUAAGAAGUUUGAUGAUGGAGAAGGCUUUGGGUACGUGGACGUGGGUGUGAUACCUGCGGGGGCGCGGGACAUCCUGGUAAAGGAAGUCGAGGAGGCAGGUAACUUCCUGGCUCUUAGGAGUGUGGAAACCAAGGACGAGUACUUUCUCAAUGGCAACUACAUCAUCCAGUGGAACGGGGAGUAUGAGGCUGGAGGGACCACGUUUUACUACGAACGCAGCGGGAACAUGGAGAACCUCACUGCCCCUGGACCCACCAGACAGCCAGUCAUGCUACAGCUGCUGUUCCAGGAGAAGAAUCCAGGUUUAACAUAUGAAUACACCAUAAAGAAGACCAAAGGGACAGGAAACGAGAUCAUUGAGCCCAUUUAUAGGUGGAGACAUGGGGCGUGGGCAGACUGUAGCACCACCUGCGGCUUAGGUGAACAGCACCAGCCUGCAAGGUGUUUUGAGAUGGAUGUGGGCGUAGUGGAUGAUUCUCUUUGUGACCCAGAUAGCCGUCCAGAAGACAGACACAGAAAAUGCAAAAUCGUGGACUGUCCUGCCAGGUGGUGGGUGGGUGGCUGGCAGCAGUGCACAACAACAUGUGGAACCGAGGGGAUUCGAAAGCGAACAGUGCUCUGUGUCCGCACAGUUUCAGGGGAAGAAAGGGUGCUGCACCCUGUGGAGUGUAAGCAUCUCUUGAAACCCAAACCUAUCGUGCCGUGCAACAGAGAUGUGCCAUGUGGACUGGACUGGACUGUGGGCAACUGGGAAGAAUGCCCGGUAUCUUGUGGAGGAGGCGUUCGCUCACGUACAGUCACAUGUGCACUGGCACCAAAGAAGAGCUGUGACCUCUCAACUAAACCUCGCUCAAGAUCUCUGUGUGCCCUGCAGAGCUGCCCUAACACAGGUCUCCGUAGACGACCAGGCCCUCCUCCUAAAUACCGCCGCAUUUUCCCUCCCAAGAGCCACCCCACCAAGCUUCCUGCUAACACUACCUGGGCGAGCACCACGACCACAGCUGCACCCACAGCUGCUGUCACUGUUAGGAGGAAAACAUCCAAAGAAACUACUACUGCUCUAAUCCCUACCACAGCUCAUAAAACCACAACCCCUGAAAUCCUAAUUACAGAUGAUUAUGAGUUUGAUGAUAAAAUGAGUAAAAAUGAGGAUAAGAAGGGGAAAUCCAAAUCUGCAGAAAAGGACAGAAAAGGAGCUGGAGUGGGAGAAGAAAAUGAGGAAGAAGGGGAUGAAGGAGAGGAGGGAAGUACGCCAAAUGUGGUAAUGUAUACUCCAGGAUAUGAUUAUGUUGUUGAAGAAAGGACAACGGAAGACGAGGGGAUCAUUGACCUGGAUGUUACCACUUCUAAAUCACUCAAAAAUCCACUUAAAUCAACCACACCAAGGCCGCAUUUACUCAUUACACCCACUUUACAAACAAGUUCACCCAUCGUACACACGACCAAAGCAACCACGAUUACCUCUAUCACCUCCUCCACCCUGCACACCACCACCGAAGCAUUGCCAAAGACCACUCGCCGAAUUCCCCACACCACCCCUCGUGUCAAUCCUCUCAGCCACUGGACUCACAGCGUCUCUCUUACAACUCCAGUGCACAAAGAUGUCCACACAACAAAAGCUCCUUCCACUACAGCAAGAAAGCCGUUUACCACUGCAGCGCAUCCCCCACCUACAGUGAAGAUCAUCAAACUGAAGAAGCCUGCCGUGACACCCAAGAAAAACAGUGCCACCUCUCGUUCUAAAAAGCCCUCGACAUGGCCUAAAGGUGGUCGGUCCAAAAACCAAAACCAGAGACAACAAAAUCCAAGGGACCAGAACAACCUAUCAGACAGAGAGACAGUCCGCAUGGAUGUGUUCUGGGAUGUUGGAAACUGGAGCGAGUGUUCAACAACCUGUGGGAUCGGAGCAAUAUGGAGGACAGUUGUGUGCAGCUCUCAGAAUGAUGGCGACUGUGCAAACAUGAAGAGACCUGAGCCUGCACGCACAUGUCUCCUGCAGCCCUGUGCCAUCUGGCAGAGUGGCAGCUGGAGCAAGUGUCCAGAUAGCUGUGCUGUGGUGGGGAGAAGAUACCGGGAAGUCCAGUGUGUUGAUUCUCAGAGUAAACGUCCCCUCAGACCUUUCCACUGCCAGGCUGUGUCCAGCAGACCUGUUAGCACUCUUACCUGCCCCCACAAGCCCUGUAUGAGCUGGAGCACAUCACCAUGGGGACCGUGCUCUGGAAACUGUGGUGAAGGCAUACGGGAGCGGCUGGUGUAUUGUCCUGAGCCUCAUCGUUGCAGCUCCACACUGAAGCCAAACAGCACAGAGGCCUGCAGCCUAAAGCCCUGCACUCAGUGGAGGGCCGAGGACUGGGAAGAGUGCUCUGUGAGUUGUGGUGGGGGCCAGCAGCAGCGAGAAGUGAACUGUGUUAGUGAGCAGGAUCUGGCUGUAAUGCCCAACAACCUCUGUGAGAAGAUUUCUAAACCUGAAAGUCUCAGGAAGUGCAAUAUGCAGGAAUGCAAGACCAACACAGGUCCAGUCUGCAGAAAGAACACCAUGUCGUCACGUUUCUGUGACAAACUGAAGCUGUUAGGUCGCUGCUCCCUCAGGUCGGUCCAGAGACAGUGUUGUGUCACCUGUGGAUCGUAGCCAGGAUUACCCAUCCACACGUUAAAUUACAACUACAGAUAUUAUUAUUAUUAUUAUUACUGUACUGUGUCCUCAUGCAGUGAGGAAAUGCCACCUGCACGUCCAAAACAAACUUUUAAUGACAUCAACACUACAAGCACAAACAAGCAUGGGUCGAUAACAUUUUUUUAUUUAAUUUUAAUUUUUUAAAUAUUGUACCUUUUUACUAUUUAGAUGUUUUUUUAAUUAAAUAACUGGAGCCAAAGCCCUGAUAUCAAGAGCGCAAAAAUAUAUGGAAGCCCUUAGGAGACAUUAGUAAUAUUACAUUUUAACUUGUUUUCUCCAGAUCUCAACUUAGUUUUGUUAAUUUGAGGCCCCAGGCAAAGACAUAUAAAAGGCUGUUCUCAUUUGCUUAAAAAAAUCCCAGCUUGUGGAGAUUUUCAAACUAUUACAUUUUCUUAUAGUGAUGAAUCUCAAGAGUAUUAAAGUUAAUUCCAAUUAGUCUAAAUGUUCUUUGACACAUUUUAAAAACUCCUAUUUUUCAUUUAAAACUCUUUUGCUUCAUUUCUAGUUGUUAUACUGUCUUAAAAUAAAGGCAGUUAACUUCCUGUUUAGACAAAGACCUAUUUUUAUUUGAAAAGAAAAUAAGGAACUCCGAGUUGAUACAAAAAUAUGGCAUGAACUUAACCACAGAAAAUCUAACUUGUUAUGAACUGAAAAUGAAAAAUAUUUAACAGUCAAAAGGGAAAUGUCUGAUAGAGCAUGGUGCAGUUGCUUUGACCACUUUGCGGUCUUUGGGAUUUUUAAACUGAAAUGAGACGUUAGGGAGCAGUGGUGCUCCUGUGUUACAUCAUUAUGGCUGCAGGGGAGACAUUGAGGUGGUUUACCCAAAGUGUGCUGAAAGGGGUAAUAAAGCACAAGAUCAAUGCAAUUAAAAAGAUUAUUGACAAAUUCUGGUACUUAAUCACAUCAGGAUUGCUGCAUUAAUGCUGACAGUCCUACAUAUAACUCAAAAUCUCCACACCUCAAUAGUUUAAAGUCCCUGUAGAGUGAAAAAAAAAAUCUUUUAUUUUAGAUGUGUUGUAUGACAGGCCACUGUGUUAUGAACCACCAGGCUAUAUUUCAGUCCUGAAAAACAUCUCUAAAGUUUAUAUAAUGAAGCUUCAAACUCAUGGUGUUUACAGGUAUUUAAUCCCGUUUUAUCACACAGGAAUUGAUUUUAUUUUGGAUUUCACAUUUUUAUACAGAUCUACCUUGCUAUAAAUUACUUUUAUGUACACAGUAAGCCUUUUUAGGGAUUUUGAAUCAGUUAAACAGUUAAUUACUUAAAUCAUUUUUGAUGUAUAGCUCACAUUUGACAUACACAUCUUUGCCAAUGAUUUGAGGCCCCUUGGAGCACAAGGUCCCAGGUAAUUGCCUUUCCUUAUUGUUAAAACUGGCUGUGCUUAUUUUAUGUGAUUUUCUCUGAGUAAUAACAGUAGCUUUCCCGUGAUAACCGAUUAACUGAAUAAAAGAAUGAAUGAAUAAAUAAAUUGAAAAAAGUUGUUAUUAUAGGAAAAAAUCAAAUAAAAUGUAUGAAUCUCUGUCUGCUGAGGGCUUCCAUGAAUUUGCUUUUCUUAUUUAAAAAAAAAAAACAAAAAAAAACUUCUUUAGCAUAAAAAUGUGUCAAGUUUAGCAACAGGCCACAUAUCUGACAAAAUAAAAUGUUUGUGAUUUAACAACUAUUAUAUACAUUUUUUAAGAAAAAAGCAUACCAAAGUAUUAUAUGAAAAUAUAACAUUAAAAAUUAGCAGGAACUACAACUCAGAAUUCAGACAUGUAUUUUAAUACUGGUAAUGAUUUAUAAGAGAGUGUAUGCAUUACUGACGUGUUACAAUUUAAAUUUUUACACCAAACUAAAUGAUCAAGUCAGAAUGUAAAUAGUUUUUUUCAUCACUUUGUAACUAAAUUGUUAAUAAUGCUGAUAAUUAAAAUUCCUUCAUAUUAGGGGUGUAACAGUACAGAAAAAUUUCGGUUCGCGAUGUACCUCGGUUUUGAAGUCACGGUUCGGUACGUUUUCUGUAGGGUGAUUGAAGCGGAUAAUUAAAAUUUAAUUUUAAUUCUUUAAUUAAAUUGUACUAAAAGAAAUAGGCUGAAUAAAUUACAUUAAAUUAAAAAUAAUGCUGCAACCUCCCUCCAAAAGUUCUUCAAUGAAAAAAUGAAAAGAAAUUUGAAUAAACAAAUACAUUUUUUAAUAACUAGGUUAUUUUCAUUGAUAUAUUGACAUAUUUUUAUACCCAUUUCUUAAACGCUAACAUUUCCCAGCUAAGUUGAACGUAUCAUCACACAACCGCAAGUUAGCUUGUUAAGUAUGGAAAUUGGCGUCUUUUUUCUUUUGCUGAUUUCAACACAGACUUGACAUGAUUCACAGAGCCAGAGCACCAUUGCUAUGCGGGUGAUUUAAAUGAGGCCGGCAGCUCUUCUAACUCCACAUGCGCCAUCACUCUUCUUCGUUUGUUUUUGUAACUGCUCCUUCUUCUGUAAUGACGGUUGCUGGCAGCUUUUAGGCUCAUUGCCGUCACCUGGAUUGAAAUGAGAACUCAACAUUUUUUUAAUACUCACUCAGACAUAUUCCUAUUACUGUGUGCACCGAACCGUGACGACCGCACCGUGACAGUACGGGACGAAUACAAAUACCGUUACAUCCCUACUUCAUAUGCGUAUAUUCCUCUCUUCCUGCUCAAAUCAUGCUUCUUGUUCUCAGAGCUGGCACUGUGUGUUUACAUCCUUCCCGGUUCUACGUUUGUCUUUUCUUGUAAAAAUGGUCAAUGCUAAAUAAAGUCUGCAGCAGAACGUGCUCAAUUCUGCGCUAGAUCCUGUGGUGCUCCUCCUCUGGUGUGUGACUGACCAAUGAGAAAGAGGCGUUGCAGGUCAUCCCUCUCAGGUGGCUCUAAAGAUAGCCACUGUGUUUGUAUGAUGUUGUACAGUAGUAACUGUUUUCAUACCAAUGGAAAAAUCUGUUUUUUGUUUACUUGUCUCAACUAAAAAUGUGAUGAUGAAAGAUAUUUGUGA